GGAGUCUGACCCUGUCAUCCAAUCAAAAACGGGCUUAGACGUACAGUCCUUGCCGGCACUACUAAGAAUUCACUUCCGGUCACAUCGUCCUCUCACAUUCACAACAAUGGGGAGUGUUUUGGCUGCCAGCUCCCCCAGCCCACAGCCACCAUCACCAGCCUCCGGCGGCCUGGCUCCACCUAUGUUGACAGUACCAUCAGGUUUUGGGAUGCCUUCAGUGUCCCCGGUAUCACCCUCAACUGGGGUGACUCCAGUGCCGCCACAGGAAGAGGAAAGUGCUCUACCCAAUCCUGGUACAUUUGAUGAAUGUCACCGCAAGUGCAAAGAGGUGUUUCCCAUGCAGAUAGACGGCGUCAGGCUCGUCGUUAACAAGGGACUUAGUAACCACUUCCAGGUGAAUCACACUGUGCUGCUGAGCACUUUGGGGGAUUCCAGCUACCGGUUUGGAGCCACAUACGUUGGAGUCAAGCAGACGGGUCCAGCAGAGUUUUUCCCAGUCAUGGUGGGAGACAUGGACAACGGGGGCAGCCUCAACGCUCAGGUCAUCCACCAGAUCAGCAGCAGGAUACGUUCCAAAGUGGCCUUCCAGACACAGCAACAUAAGUUCGUCAACUGGCAAGGCGACGCAGAGUUCAAGGGGAAAGAUUUUACUGCAACCGUCACGCUCGGAAACCCUGACAUGCUCGCCGGCUCCGGAGUCGUGAUCACACAUUACCUCCAGUCCAUCUCGCCUGCUCUGGCUCUGGGAGGGGAGCUGAUGUACCACCGCAGGCCGUCAGAGGAGGGCGCUGUGAUGUCUCUAGUUGGCAGGUACACAGGCACCAACUACAUCGCCACGCUGACGCUGGGCUCGGCGGGCGCUCACGCCUCCUACUAUCACAAAGCCAACGAGCAGUUGCAGCUCGGUGUGGAGUUUGAGGCAAGUGCCCGCAUGCAAGAUACGAGUGUGUCGUUUGGCUACCAGCUAGAUAUGCCCAAAGCCAAUUUACAGUUUAAAGGUUCGGUAGACACUAACUGGGUGGUCGGUGCCACUCUAGAAAAGAAGUUGCUCCCGCUGCCUCUCUCUCUGGUUCUCAGCUCCUUCCUCAACCACAACAAAAACAAGUUCCAGUGCGGUUUCGGGGUCACGAUCGGUUGAACCGGUUGGAGUCGGCGCACGGUUUUUGUUUUAGUGACCUCACUCCACGGACAAACAAGACUACUCGUCUGUUCACCUCAGACCAUAUCCGCUAUUUUUAUGUCGCCUUGCUCUUGUUUGCUCGUUUUGCAAAUCAUGUAUUCCACUUUGAAAGUGUCAACAUUAUAUAAAUACCUUUUUUUCCCA